AUGGACGAGGACUGCGGCGUGCUGGAGAAUGGCGACUGCGAGAUCGCGCGGCAGACCAGUGACAUCACCUUCAGCACAAACAUUGGCCCCUCCCCCGGCCUGAGGAGGAAACAGCUGAUGUGGCAAAACGCCGUCAGAAACAUCAUCGACCAGCACAACCUGUACUCACUGAGGCUCGCUGGAGGCCUGGAGAGAGGGCGGCAUCGCAUCAUCGUCACCGACGCCUACAUCGCUGACAUCAACAGGCAGAUCCGGAAUAAGGCGUCCCGUGGAGCGCUCUGGCAGAAACGGCGCUCGUCUGCUGCUCGUGUCUACCCGACGACGCCGAGGAUCACCGUGGCGACGCACACAAAACACGACCCGCUAAGCGAUGCCGACUUCUUCGUGUCCUGGGGGUCGACAGUGAGAGGCGUCUUCAUUCCCGCACUGCAACACACAUUCAAGUCUCCGGACCUGGAGCAGCUCUACCAGCAGUUCUCAUCCGGCCAGAGAAGAACCUCGCUGGUCGUCACCAACGUCGUCGACAUCCUGACCAGACUCCUGAUCUUACUGCUGACGUGGCCGCCGGGCUGGUGGGGCGUGGCCUGCGAUUGGCUGGCCGGCCUGUCGGUCGUCCUGUGGGCGGGGAUCUGCGUGCUGGCGCUGACCAGGAGGGAGGUGAUGUCAUCGCCGCUGUGGCUGAGGUACCUGUCUGUGGUCAGCUGGUUGUCUCAGAUGCUGCAGGUGUUGGUUGGUGUGUUCAGCUGGGCGGAGAGCGAUCACUCCUGGUACGUCUUCUUCUCUCUGUUCUCCACCUACACCCUGCUGCCCCUCCCCCUCCUCUGGUCCAUCAUCGCUGGGGCAACCACCUCCAUCCUGCACCUGCUAUUGGACGUCUGCUGUCACUACGGCGACCACACCUUCAUCAGAAAGGUGCUGUCGAAGGCCCUGUUGUACCUGGCCAUGAACACUGCCGGUCUGUUCAUUCACUACCUGUCAGACCGGACUCAGAGACAGGCCUUCCUGGAGACCAGACGCUGUAUCGAGGGACGAGUCAGACUGGAGAGAGAGAACCACAGACAGGAGCGUCUGGUGAUGUCCAUCCUGCCUCGGUUUCUGGUUCUGGAGAUGAUCGCUGACAUGGCCCCCAUAGAUGAGUAUCUGCUGCCUCAGCAGUUCCACAAGAUCUACAUCCACCACUACAAAGACGUCAGCAUCCUGUUUGCAGACAUCAUCGGCUUCACUUCUCUGUCGUUGGUUCUCUCGGCUCAAGAACUCGUCAGAACUCUGAACGAACUCUUCGGCCGCUUCGAUCGGCUGGCUGAGGAGCACCAGUGUUUGCGUAUUAAGAUCCUGGGCGACUGUUAUUAUUGUGUCUCUGGAGUGCCGGAGCCUCAGCGAGGACACGCCCGCUGCUGCGUGGAGAUGGGCCUCAGCAUGAUCAACACCAUACGUUACGUUCGUCGGGAGCUGCAGCAGGAGGUGGACAUGAGGAUCGGCGUCCAUUCCGGUUCGGUUCUUUGUGGUGUUUUGGGUCUUCAGAAGUGGCAGUUUGACAUCUGGAGCUGGGACGUGGACAUCGCCAACAGUCUGGAGGCUGCAGGAGUCGCGGGGCGGGUCCACAUCUCGCGGGCCACCCUGGACUGUCUGGGCGGGAUCUACGAGACGGAGGCGGGGCGCGGCCAGGAGCGCAAUGAGUUUCUACGGAAGCACAACAUUGACACGUACCUGAUCCGCCCAGCGCUACGAGAGGAGGCGGAGCCACCGAGAGCGAGACGUCCGAGUUAUGACGAGAUGACGACCUGGAGCGCCGAGCUGCCGUUCGGAGACAUCCUGGGAAUGAACUUUAUCCUCGCCACCUUCACGAACGGCUCUUUAACUCAGCUGCCCAAUCAGAUUGCAGCACAGCGGUCGGGAUCACGAGAAGUCAACAAGAGGAUCUGUCAGGCCAUGGAGAUACGGAGCAGCGAGCGAAUGAGGAAGGAGCACAUCACGACGUUCACCCAGGUGUUCAAGGACUCCCACAUGGAGGGAAAGUACUCCCAAAUGAGAGACGAACUCUUCAAGUCCAACAUGGUUUGUUCUUUCAUCCUGCUGCUGCUGCUGAUGGCCGUCCAGGCACUAAUCCCUGCCCCACGUUUUUGUCCAAUGGUGGCUCAGUUUGUGGUUGGCGGCAGUGUUUACUUCCUGCUCCUGCUGCUGACUCUGGGGGAGGAGUUUAAGCGUUGCCCCGCCCCUCUGCAGUCUCUCUGUUGCUGGGUUCACGAAACCAAGCCCGCCCGGACUCUGCUCACCCUCACCGCCAUCACCGUCAACUUCGGAGUCGCCUCCUCAGACAUCCUGUGGUGUGAUUCAUCAGAAACACACAUCAACAGCAGUGACUCCCAGCUGGCUCCGCCCACCUCCACCUGGCCUGACAUCAACAUCUGCACACAUCCAGAGUACAUGGUGCUGAGCGGCGUGGUUGCCAUGGCUACCUGUGCAGUAUUCCUAAGGUUAAGUUGUGUGUUGAAGUUGGCCGUCCUCCUGCUGGCCGCCACCCUCUACACCUACCUCAUAGAGACACACAGGUGACCUAUUACCACACACCUGCCUCAUAGAGACACACAGGUGACCUCGUCUCAUCACUUGUGCAAGAAAGGAGUUUGCGUCGUUCUGAUGGUGAUGUUUGUGGUAGCCGUCCUCUACAACAGCAGACAGCUGGAGGCGACGGCACGGCUGGACUUCCUGUGGCGCCUCCAGGCGAGGAAGGAGGUGGAGGACAUGAAGGAGCUGAGGGAGCACAACGAGUGUCUGCUGCUCAACAUCCUGCCGGCCCACGUCGCCCAGCACUUCCUGCAGAGGGACCGUGACAAUGAGGAGCUGUACUCUCAGUCGUACGAGCGAGUCGGCGUCCUCUUCGCAUCUCUGCAGGGUUUCUCUGACUUCUACGAGCAGAAGGAGGUCGUUCAUCAGCCCGUCGAGUGUCUCCGCCUCCUCAACCACAUCAUCACCGACUUCGAUGAGCUGCUAGAGGAGUGUUACUUCCAGGAGGUGGAGAAGAUUAAGACCAUCGGCAGUUCGUACAUGGCAGCUUCUGGUCUCUCUCCUGACAGACAGGAGUGUGAGGACGGCUGGCAUCACGUCAGCGAGCUGGUUCUGUUCGCUCUGGCCAUGCAGGAAACACUCAAACACAUCAACACGCACACAGGAAACAGCUUACAGCUGCGAGUCGGUAUCGCUCACGGCCCGGUGAUCGCAGGUGUGAUCGGUGCCACCAAACCUCAGUACGACAUCUGGGGGACGACGGUGAACAUGGCGAGCCGGAUGGAGAGCACGGGAGUCAGUGGGAGGAUUCAGGUCCCAGAAUCCACCAGCUGCAUCCUGGUGGAGCGAGGCUUCCUGCGGCAGCUCAGAGGGAACAUUUACGUCAAAGGCAUCAGUGAGCGCCAUGGAAAGGUUCGGACGUUCUUCGUGAGCAGUCGUGAGGAACGAUCCAGUUUCAUAGAGCGUGGCGGUGGGCGGGGCUUCAGUCUGAACAGGAACACGCUGGGAGCUGUGGUCUACAGCCUGGUUCAGGCCAGGAAGAGGGAGAAACUGAUGGAGGAGAACGGAGGAUUUCACCUGGUGGAGGCAUCGUAGGAGGAAGUGUCAGCUGGUGUGAACUCGAGGAGCGUCGAGAAGCGAUGAACGGCAUCGAGUUAGCGGCGAGAAGCCGAAGGGAGGAGAAACAAAUGGGGCCGUUAUCCUCCAAUCAGAUAGCUUCUUCUUCUGUGGUUUGAAAGAAACUCUUUUUAUAUUUUGUAU